GUGUGUGGAAGCAAGCCUAUUCGGUCGCCCAGGCUCUCAAGGCCCUCCCUGGCUGGAACAACGACGGCCACGAGGUCAUCGGCACCUUCUGCGAGGCCGAGGCCAGCUGGGUGAUCUACUCGUUUGCGGUGUGGAUGCUGGGCAAGAAGACACUCAAUCUCGCGCUGAACCUUCCCUCUGCUGCUCGCAAAGCCAUGUGCGAGAGGCAUGCGGUCAGGUACAUCCUCUACCACCACACCAAGCCUAGCCGCACCAUAGGAGUGGCUUUGGUCGAUGCCACCACGUUCCCGGUGCUGGACAACAUCCCACACCCGUCUCUCGAAGUCUGUGAACCCCUCGACGACUUUGUCGCCUAUGCUUGCACCUCUGGAUCAACGGGCAUUCCCAAGACAUACAAGUUCCCUCAUACUGGUGCAACAACUGGCAGAAGCAUUCUGGGGCACAUGUUUUUAAGCUCCGGACUGUGUCAGGCACCUUCGUUUAGUGCAACUCUCGGUUGGAUGCUCUGUACCUUGAGCCUCAAAGGAUCAGUUUGGUUCCCAGAGCCCACACCCAACACUGUCGAAAAAGUCAAGAGCAUCAUCAGAAUGCUGGAUGAUGGUGUGUUGUAUUUGUUUAUGACACCUUCACUCAUGAAGAUGAUCAUUAGUAUUGCUCAGAGUCAGAAUCCCGAUGUCAAAUGGACAGAAACGAGAAAGAUCGGUUUAGGCUCGGAGCUCGUCCCGGCAGGAGUGGUGGCCCAGGUCAAGGCGGCAUUCCCCAAUGCCGAUAUCAUAUCGGCAUAUGUAUCCACAGAGACAAGUCUUAUCGGUGCUAUCACAAUUUUCUUCCUCCCAUCCAGUAGCGAAGUCGUCCCGGAGAAACUGAUCUACAAGUUGAUCAAACCUGGGGUGCGCUGCCUCCUCUUUGACGAGGAGGGCAAUAUCGUUGAUCAAAAUGUCUCCAACAGCGGGAUCCUGGUCUUUGCCGUCGACCCCGACCAUCCCGUCCGCAACCACCCCGACUUUGUCAACGCCGAUCCCAACGACAGACUGGCCUCCUUUGGCUUCCUCAGCGACGGCUCGCCUCGUGUCUGCACCAUGGACUGGGUCGAGAUGGUCAGCGAGAACGAGUUUACGGUCGUUGGAAGAUUCGACCAGAAGAUCAAGGUCAACGGUGUCUAUGUCGACCUGAACCAUCUCGAGGCCCUGGUCGUCCAGCACCUGAGCCACACCAUCGCCGACUGUGCGUUUGUCCAGACCUCCGAGAAGAAGAUCGUGAUGCUGUAUGUUCUCCAGGCCCGCCCCACGACCCGCACCGAGCCCAGCGACAUCAUCCGGAUGACCCAGGAUCUGCUUGCACUCGUCAACGUCUCCAAGGUGCCGAUCCACAACUGCUUCCAGCUCGACGAGAUCCCCAUGAUCGAGAAUGGCAAGCGCGACCUCAAGAAGAUCAAGUGGAUCGCCGAGAACAACGAUCUGCACCAAGGAUCCGUUGUGUAUCCCCGUCUCGCCCCCAGCGAUGCCCCGCUGUUUCGCAUCGCGGCUGCAAUCUCCAGCCUCGGCAGCCAGCUCCUCGGGAUUCCCUCUCUCGACGGCCGCAACUACAGCAUCAGCGGGGCUGGGUUUGACUCGCUGAGUGUUGGCCGCCUGGCCCUCGCAAUCAAGGAAGAGUACGAUGUCGAGAUCUCGCCGAUGAUGCUGCUCUCGAACGGCCUGACGCCCCUCGAUGUCGCCCAGCUGGUGAUUGAUCUCCAAGGCAACCACCCGCUGAUGCCGCCGACAGUCGACCUCGACCAGGAGGCCGCCCGGCUCGACGAUGCGAGUGUGACGGCCGAGGGUCUCCCUCCACUUGUCUUUCCCGAGUCGCCUCGCGGCAUCGUCCUGACGGGGGCCACUGGCUUCCUCGGAUCGUUCCUGCUGUACGAGCUGGCUGCCAAGUACCCUGCUGCCAGGAUCUACUGUCUGGUCCGAGCCGCGAGCGACCAGGCUGCCAUCGACCGCAUCUUUGAGACAGCCAGGAAGCUGAUCCUCAACCCGCAGCAGACGCACUACCUCGUGAACAAUGUCAAGCCGCGACUCGUUGGUGUCUGCGGCGAUCUGUCGCUCGACCAGUGGGGACUGACCAACAAGCGAUGGAAGAAGAUCAGCAAGGAGACCGACAUGGUUGUGCACUGCGGCGCCGAGGUGCACUGGCUCGACGACUAUGAGGCGCUCAAGGGGCCGAAUGUCCUGGGCACGGCGACGGCCCUGCGGCUGGCCACGACCCACCACCUGAAGCCGCUGCACUUCAUCUCGGCGGUCGGGGCGAUUCCCAUGGCACGGGGCGCAAGGACGCCGCUCGAGGAGAGGGUGUAUUCCAACUGGAACGUCUCUGGCGGGUAUGCACAGACCAAGUGGGUCUCUGAGCAGCUGAUCAACAAGGCACGAUCGAGGGGAGUGCCUGCGACGAUCAUCCGACCAUCGCUGAUUGCAAGCGACAGUGUCUAUGGAGUGUGCCACUCGGACGACUACAUCUGGCAGUAUAUCAAGGGAUGCAUCCGCAUCGGAAUCGCUCCCUCCAAUGCCACUCCCGUGACCAUCACCAUGAAUCCAGUCGACCAUGUCGCCAAGGUGGUCGCUGCGAUCGCAGCCUCCGAGGUGGCCCUGCCCAAGUUUGUGUUCCACAUCAGCGACCCAGAGCGCAGCGUCGUCACCGAGACCAAACUGUUCGAGAUCGUCAAUGCCUAUGGCUGGCCCGUCAUGUUCGAGACCCGCGAGCGAUUCAAGGCCCUGCUUUACCGACCGUCGCUGCCCAACGGCUCGUCGAUGCUGACGCUCAUGCAUCUGAUCCUGAGCAUGUCCUUCCUGGUCGACAACACCAACACCCGGUCGAUCUAUCCGGCCCUCGGUUCCCAGGCCGGGAGGAUCGCCGGGCGAGGGCUGCUGUACUUGACACACAUCGGGUAUCUGCCACCUCCUCCGAACCCUCCGUCGCCGCUGAGACCCGAGGAGCACCCGCGGCCCAACAUCUUCCGUCCCGACACCCACAACUAGCUCGGUGGUGGAGGUCACUGCAUGUUUGGCAGUGCCAUUCAUGGUGCAUCCCAUGCACAGCCAUGGUCCUUCACUUGCACGGUGCCUCACAACUCCCUGACACACACUCCUGAUCUAUCGCUUCGGAGUCUGUGCACGACAUCCAGUGCUUGCCGAUGUGUCCCACUCUCACCCCGUCCACAUACCCCGAUGUCGCCCCAGUCGCCCUGUCGGCAAUUGACUGUCUGUCCUGGUCAAUAUCACAGCCAUCUUGGAUUCUCCAUGCGAC